AAUCCAACUGUCAUAAGCCACACCACUUCUUCUCUUCUACUCCAUUACUUCAUUGGUCUUCUCCCUCAUGUUUCAGCCAUUAAUAUCUACUUCUUUGAUUUGACACAAUCUUUUGAGUUUUCUAACUUUUUCUCUUUGUGACUUUCUUCCCCCCAAACAUUGAACUUUAUAUUACAGGAAAAAAAAUCAGUGUGAAAUUUUUCUUCUCCUCCCCCAAAACCAUUCCUUUGUAAGUUGGGAAACAAACCUGAAAAAUGGACAGAAAUCAAGAAAUUGCAUUGACCCAAAUGAGGAAAACAGUUGAAAAGCUUGGAUCUUCCACUGAAAGUUAUGGAGAGAAGACAUUAAUGAGGUUCUUGAUUGCAAGAUCGAUGGACCCAGAGAAAGCUGCAAAGAUGUUUUGUCAGUGGAAAAAAUGGAGGGCUGAGAUGGUUCCACUUGGUUAUAUCUCUGAUUCUGAAGUUGCAGAUGAAUUAGCAGCUGAAAAACUUUAUUUGCAGGGAUUGUCCAAGAGUGGACACCCUAUUGUGAUAGUCAAAGUUAACAAGCAUUUUCCUUCCAAAGAUCAAGUUCAAUUCAAGAAAUUCGUCAUUCAUCUACUGGACAAAACAAUCGCAAGUUCAUUCAAUGGUAGAGAAAUAGGAAAUGAGAAACUUAUUGCAAUUCUUGAUCUCCAGAAUAUUACCUAUAGCAAUGUUGAUACUCGUGGAUUGAUAACCGGUUUUCAGUUUUUACAGGCAUACUACCCUGAGCGCUUAGCGGCUUGUUACCUUUUACACAUGCCACAAUUCUUUGUCACCAUAUGGCGAUUUAUUUGUCGCUUCCUUGAAAAGGCAACUCAAGAGAAGAUGAGGAUUGUUACAAGUGAAGAAGAAAAGGAAAAGUUCAUCCGAGAGGUCGGUGAAGAUGCCUUACCGGAGGAGUAUGGAGGGCGCGCUAAACUUGUACUUAUGCAGGAUGUUGCUGUGAACUACUAACACAAAGUAGAGGAAUCUAUAAAUGUGAAACAAGAUGAAAAAGAAUAGCUUCAUAGAGAUACUAUUUAUGUUACUAAAAAAGCUUUACUUAUUUAACCUUAAGUCAUAUACUAGAUGGG